AUAUAGAAAGGGGAGAUCCAAUCCGGUUUCAGCUAGUUUCUGUUCCGAUAGAACAUUAACGCUUGCUUCGGGGUUUCCUAGACCUGGUUUUUACACUUUACUUAUCAGUGCGUAAGCUGUUUUAAUUUAUUUCCUUUUUGUUGUGAAAGCAUACAAGCUUUAAGCAGCCAUGCCUAAAAGGAGCAAAGCUAACAAUGACACUGAAGCAGCCGGGGUAAGUUUGAAUCAAUUGUUGUCACGCAACACGUGUUUGCAUGUAAUUGUGAUACUUAUUGCUUGUUUUGUUGCCUUCCCAUCUUCUCCUCCUCAUAUAAACAAACAGCCCAAGAGACGGUCUGAGAGACUUCAGGGUAAACCCCAAACGCCAAAGUCUGAGCCCAAGCCAAAAGUGAAGAAGGCACCUGCAAAGGGCAAGAAGGCCAAGGAGGUAGAAAAGGCCAAACCAGAGGAGAAGAAAGAAGACGCAAAGCCAGAGACGGAGUCUGAGGAGGAAACUCCUGUGGAGAACGGAGAGGCCAAAGCUGAGGGGGACAAUGGAGAAGCAGGAGGCGAGGAGGAAAAGGCUGACUAGAAAGAGGGAGCUGCUAAAUAAGACGAAAACAUUUCACAAGAGCUCCCAUACCUCUUUUCUUGUACAAUACAGAGGAAUAUUUUUACUGACUAUUUUCUAAAAAGCAGGUUUUUUAGUAGUUCAAUAUUAGAAGCUCAUUUUAUAGACAACGAUCAAGAGAAAAGCCUUAGAAGAGGGAUUCCAUGGUCUCCCCACUCCAGUUUUUCCUGAAGAAGAAAAGCAGUCAUGAAACAACUAAUGACUUCCUCUUAUUAUUAUUAUUAUUUGAUUAUUUUUUUUCUGACUCUGUUUUGUUUUUUAAAAGGGAGGGGAGUGGAACAGGUUGCGACAUAUAAUGUAAUGUGAUCAUGCCAUUUUUAAAGAUUAAAAAAAAAUUUUUUCUUAAGUCUUUCAAUUGAAACUGGGAGAGUUUGCCUGAGACACUAACAUUCCAUAGACAAUAUGAGGGAUACCUGUACGUAUGCUCUGUUUUAUUGUUUCUGGGGGGUUGGGGAUUGAUUGUAAGCUGUAUUCUAUGAAUUGAAACCUCUUUAUUCAAACUGUUUUAUGAAUCAACAGCUUUGAUUAAUGAUCCUGCUCACUAGUACUGGAACACUCAUCGGAUGUGAGAUUUACAUUGACUUUUGUCUUUGUGUGGUGAUAGCAUUGUUUUAUAGCUGCUGUGAAAAGGUUUUCAUAAUUUCUAUAUGCAGUAUGUGAUGGUACUUUAAGAGGAUGAAAAAUGGAAUUGUGUGUGUUAGCAAUGCUAAUAACAGCUGUUACAGUGUUAAACAUGCAGGUCAUAGCUGACCUUAUGAAAAUGACUGUAAUUUCAUUCAUGUGAACAUGCCAGCAGUAGCUAUAUCACUCAAGGUUUUAGGUUAAAAGUACACAUGUACAGUUUCUUUUUGGUUUUUCAAAUUUUUUUUUUUUUUAUGUAGCUUUAUCUGUAAUGAUUGGUAUGACAUACCAAUAAAAUGGUUGUUAUUCCACCUUGA